AUGGUCAGCUCCUGUUGUGGCUCUGUCUGCUCUGAGGAAGGCUGUGGCCAAGGCUGCUGCCAGCCUAGCUGCUGCCAGACCACCUGUUGCCAGACCACCUGUUGCAAGCCCACUUGUUGCCACCCCAGCUGUUGUGUGUCCAACUGCUGCAGACCCCAAUGCUGCCAGUCAGUAUGCUGCCAGCCCACCUGCUGCCGCCCCAGCUGCUGCAUCUCCAGCUGCUGUCGCCCCAGCUGCUGCAGGCCCAGCUGUUGUGUGUCCAGCUGCUGCAGGCCCAGCUGUUGUGUGUCCAGCUGCUGCAGGCCCAGCUGUUGUGUGUCCAGCUGCUGCAGGCCCAGCUGCUGUGUGUCUAGCUGCUGCAGGCCCAGCUGCUGUGUGUCUAGCUGUUGCAGGCCCAGCUGCUGCAGGCCCAGUUGCUGUUUGUCUAGCUGCUGCAGGCCCUGUUGCUGUGUGUCUAGCUGUUGCAGGCCCAGCUGCUGCAUUUCUAGCUGCUGCCGUCCCUCCUGUUGUGUGUCCAGCUGCUGCCAGAGCACCUGUUGUCGCCCAGGUUGCUCUAGUUGUUCUUGUUGCUAA